CAGGCGCCUCCGCAGGGCUGCCGGGGCGCGGGGCGCGCCUGGAGACACCGACCGCUCCCUCGCCACAGAGCUGGGGCCGCCGGAUUGCGCAAGCAGCUCUGGAAGGCCCUCCAGUGUCCGUGCCUUGGCCCACUGGAGCACGGACAGUUCCUGUUCUAAGAAGCUUUUCUACAGGGCCCAGUCCACAAACGCCUCUGACGUAGGGCAGCCAUGCCGCGCAGCCCGACAUCCAGCGAGGACGAGAUGGCCCAGAGCUUCUCCGACUACUCCGUGGGGUCAGAGUCGGACAGCUCCAAGGAAGAAACCAUCUAUGACACCAUCCGGGCCACAGCGGAGAAACCAAGUGUCGCCAGGACGGAGGAGAGCCAGGGCAACACGCUGGUGAUCCGGAUCCUCAUCCAGGACCUGCAGCAGACGAAGUGCAUUCGGUUUAACCCGGAUGCGACCGUGUGGGUUGCAAAGCAGCGGAUCCUGUGUUCCUUGAACCAGAGCCUGAAGGACGUCCUGAACUACGGGCUCUUCCAGCCGGCCAGCAACGGGCGUGAUGGGAAGUUCCUGGACGAGGAGCGGCUUCUGCGCGAGUACCCGCAGCCCGUGGGCAAGGGCAUCCCGUCCCUGGAGUUUCGAUACAAGAAGCGGGUGUAUAAGCAAUCCAAUCUGGACGAGAAGCAGUUGGCCAAGCUACACACGAAGACCAAUCUGAAAAAAUUCAUGGACCAUAUUCAGCACCGUUUGGUGGAGAAGGUCGUCAAAAUGCUGGAACGAGGCCUGGAUCCAAAUUUCCAUGACCCGGAGACAGGAGAGACCCCGCUGACCUUAGCUGCUCAGCUGGAUGACCCCACAGAGGUGAUCAAAGCUCUCCGAAACGGCGGGGCUCACCUGGACUUCCGCGCCAGAGAUGGGAUGACCGCCCUGCACAAAGCCGCCCGAGCCAGGAAUCAAGUGGCCCUGAAGACCCUUUUGGAGCUGGGAGCAUCCCCAGAUUACAAAGACAGCUAUGGCCUCACACCCCUGUACCACACCGCCAUCGUUGGGGGUGAUCCCUACUGCUGUGAGCUCCUGCUCCAUGAGCACGCCGCCGUGUGCUGCAGGGACGAGAAUGGCUGGCACGAGAUCCACCAGGCCUGCAGGUAUGGCCACGUGCAGCACCUGGAGCACCUGCUGUUCUACGGGGCGGACAUGGCGGCCCAGAACGCCUCGGGAAACACUGCCCUGCACAUCUGUGCCCUCUACAACCAGGACAGCUGUGCCAGGGUGCUGCUUUUCCGAGGCGGGAAUAAGGAGCAGAAGAACUACCACAGCCAGACUCCAUUCCAGGUGGCGAUCAUAGCCGGCAACUUCGAACUGGCGGAGUACAUCAAGAACCACAAGGAGACGGACAUUGUGCCCUUCCGAGAGGCUCCGGCGUACUCCAACCGCCGGCGGCGGCCCCCCAACACGCUGGCCGCCCCCCGGGUCCUGCUGCGCUCCAACAGUGACAACAACCUCAACGCCAGCGCGCCCGACUGGGCCGUCUGCUCCGCCACCUCCCACCGUAGUCUGUCACCCCAGCUGCUGCAGCAGGUGCCGGGCAAGCCCGACGGGGCCGCCAGGACCCUCGGGAGCUACACCCCCGGGCCCCGCAGCCGGUCCCCGUCGCUCAACAGGCUGGGCGGUGCUGGCGAGGAUGGCAAGAGGCCCCAGCAGCCCUGGCACGUCGGGCCGGCUUUCCCGCCUGGCGCCAGCAGGGAUGCGCUGUCGGCCUUCGAGUACCCGGAGCCCAAGCGGAAGUUGUACAGCGCGGUGCCAGGGAGGCUCUUCGUCGUCGUCAAGCCAUACCACCCUCAGGUCGACGGCGAGAUCCCCCUUCACCGUGGUGACAGGGUCAAAGUGCUGAGCAUCGGUGAAGGAGGCUUCUGGGAAGGCAGUGCCCGCGGCCACAUCGGGUGGUUCCCGGCCGAGUGCGUGGAGGAGGUGCAGUGCAGGCCCAAGGACAGCCAGGCAGAAACUCGUGCAGACCGCAGCAAGAAACUCUUCAGGCACUACACGGUCGGUUCCUAUGACAGCUUCGAUGCUACCAGUGACUGCAUCAUCGAGGAGAAGACGGUGGUCCUGCAGAAGAAGGACAAUGAGGGUUUUGGAUUCGUGCUCCGAGGGGCAAAAGCGGAUACACCCAUUGAAGAAUUCACGCCAACGCCGGCGUUCCCAGCCCUGCAGUACCUGGAGUCCGUGGAUGAAGGAGGGGUGGCAUGGCAAGCCGGACUGAGGACUGGAGACUUCCUGAUUGAGGUCAACAAUGAGAACGUCGUGAAAGUUGGCCAUCGGCAGGUGGUGAACAUGAUCCGCCAGGGAGGGAACCACCUGGUCCUCAAGGUGGUCACCGUGACCAGGAAUCUCGACCCGGACGACACCGCCAGGAAGAAAGCUCCCCCGCCUCCGAAGCGCGCUCCGACCACGGCCCUCACGCUGCGCUCCAAGUCCAUGACCUCAGAGCUGGAGGAGCUCGUGGAUAAAGCCUCCAUCCGGAAGAAGAAGGAUAAACCCGAGGAGAUCGUCCCGGCCUCCAAGCCAUCCCGUGCUGCUGAUAACGUGGCCAUGGAGUCCAGGGUGGCCACCAUCAAGCAGCGGCCCACCAGCCGGUGCUUCCCGUCCGUCUCGGACAUGAACUCUGUGUACGAACGACAGGGGAUCGCCGUGAUGACGCCCACUGUUCCCGGGAGCCCAAAAGGCCCAUUUUUGGGCCUCCCCCGAGGUACGAUGCGAAGGCAGAAAUCAAUAGACAGCAGAAUCUUUCUAUCAGGAAUAACGGAGGAAGAGCGGCAAUUUCUGGCCCCUCCGAUGCUGAAGUUCACCAGAAGCCUGUCCAUGCCGGACACCUCCGAGGACAUCCCUCCCCCACCGCAGUCCGUGCCCCCAUCCCCACCGCCCCCGUCCCCCACCACCUACAACUGCCCCAAGUCCCCAACCCCGAGAGUCUACGGGACCAUCAAGCCGGCGUUCAAUCAGAACGCUGUUGCCAAGGUGCCGCCCGCGGCUCGCUCGGACACGGUGGCCACGGUGAUGAGGGACAAGGGGCUGUACUACCGGCGGGAGCUGGACCGCUACUCCCUGGACUCCGAGGACCUCUACAACCGCAGCGCCGCCGCCCAGGCCAACUUCCGCAACAAGAGAGGCCAGAUGCCCGAAAACCCCUACUCGGAGGUGGGGAGGAUCGCGAGCAAAGCCGUGUACGUCCCCGCCAAGCCCGCCCGGCGGAAGGGCAUGCUGGUGAAGCAGUCCAACGUGGAGGACAGCCCCGAGAAGACGUGCUCCAUUCCCAUCCCGACCAUCAUCGUGAAGGAGCCCUCCACCAGCAGCAGCGGGAAGAGCAGCCAGGGCAGCAGCACGGAGAUCGACCCGCAGGCCCCCGAGCAGCCAGGCCAGUUGCGGCCCGACGACAGCCUGACCGUCAGCAGCCCCUUUGCCGCCGCCAUCGCCGGGGCCGUCCGUGACCGGGAGAAGCGGCUGGAAGCCAGGAGGAACUCCCCGGCCUUCCUCUCCACAGACCUGGGAGACGAGGACGUGGGCCUGGGGCCGCCCGCCCCCCGGGUGCAUUCCUCCAACUUCCCCGAGGAGGCCGGCUUCGGCGAGGAGGACAGCGCCGAGCCACUGUCGUUGCCCACGCCGGGGGCAGUGCCCAGGGAGCCCGAGAACCACUUUGUGGGUGGUGGUGAGGCCGCAGCUCAGGGGGAGGCCGGCAGGCCGCUGAAUUCCACAUCCAAAGCCAAGGGCCCCGAGAGCAGCCCCGCGGUGCCCCCCAAGAGCGGCAGCGCAGCCAGCCCUGAGAAUUACGUCCACCCGCUCACGGGCAGGCUGCUGGACCCCAGCUCCCCGCUGGCCCUGGCGCUGUCCGCAAGGGACCGAGCCAUGAAGGAGUCCCAGCAGGGCCCCAAGGGGGAGGCCCCCAAGGCCGACCUCCACAAACCUCUCUACAUUGAUACCAAAAUGCGGCCCAGCGUGGAGGCAGGCUUCCCCCCGGUCACCAGGCAGAACACGCGGGGACCCCUGAGGCGGCAGGAGACAGAGAACAAGUAUGAGACGGAGCUGGGCAAGGACCGCAAGGGCGAGGACAAGAAGCACAUGCUCAUCAACAUCGUGGACACGUCCCAGCAGCGGUCGGCCGGCCUGCUGAUGGUCCACACCGUGGACGCUGCCACGACCGACCACCUGCUGCAGGAAGAGGAAGAGAAAGCCGACAUGGAGGCGAAGCCAGACCACUCGCUGUCCGAGGUGCCAGAAGGCGCUCCCGAAACCGAAGGUGCUUUACAGAUCUCCGCCAGCCCCGAGCCCGCCGCCGCCGCGCCCGGCAGGACCAUUGUGGCAGCGGGCUCCGUGGAAGAGGCGGUGAUUUUGCCAUUCCGCAUCCCUCCUCCCCCUCUGGCAUCCGUGGAUCUGGAUGAGGAUUUUAUUUUUACAGAGCCAUUGCCUCCCCCCCUGGAAUUCGCAAAUAGUUUUGAUAUUCCCGACGACCGCAUUGCUUCUGUCCCCGCUCUCACGGACCUGGUCAAGCAGAAGAAACACGACGCCUCCCAGUCCCCCUCGUUGAACCCCAGCCAACCAGCCAACUGUGCAGACAGUAAGAAGCCGGCUGGCCUUUCCAACUGCCUGCCUGCCUCCUUCCUGCCGCCCCCUGAGAACUUUGACGCAGUCACGGACUCUGGGAUCGAGGAGGUGGACAGCCGGAGCAGCAGCGACCACCAUCUCGAGACGACCAGCACCAUCUCCACGGUGUCCAGCAUGUCCACCCUGUCCUCUGAGGGCGGGGAGAACGUGGACACCUGCACAGUCUAUGCAGAUGGGCAAGCAUUUACGGUGGACAAGCCCCCAGUACCUCCGAAGCCAAAAGUGAAGCCCAUAAUUCCCAAAAGCAAUGCACUUUAUCAGGACGCGCUCGUGGAGGAGGACGUGGAUAGCUUCGUCAUUCCUCCCCCGGCCCCCCCACCACCGCCAGGCAGUGCCCAGCCUGCCACCAAGGUGACACCACCAAGGACCUCCAAGCUGUGGGGGGACGUCUCAGAGGUCAGGAGCCCGAUUCGCUCAGGCCCAAAGGCAAACGUUAUCAGUGAAUUGAACUCAAUCCUGCAGCAAAUGAACCGAGAGAAAUCGGCAAAGCCGGGGGAAGGAUUGGAUUCACCCACAGGAACCAAGCCUGCCAGCCUCGCUCCAAGAAGUCCAGAGGUCAUGAGCACCGUCUCAGGUACGCGGAGCACGACGGUCACCUUCACGGUUCGUCCGGGGACCUCGCAGCCCAUCACUCUGCAGAGCCGGCCCGCAGACUUUGAGAGUAGGACCUCAGGAACGAGACGUGCCCCGAGCCCGGUGGUGUCGCCAACAGAGAUGAACAAAGAGAUCCUGCCUGCCCCCCUCUCCGCUGCUGCCGCCGCCGCCGCUCCUUCUCCCACUCUCUCAGAGGUCUUUAGCCUUCCAAGCCAGCCCCCAUCUGGGGACCUGUUUGGCUUGAACCCGGCGGGACGCAGCAGGUCGCCGUCCCCCUCGAUACUGCAACAGCCAAUCUCAAAUAAGCCUUUUACGACUAAGCCUGUGCACCUGUGGACUAAACCAGAUGUGGCAGAUUGGCUGGAAAGUCUAAACUUGGGUGAGCAUAAAGAGACCUUCAUGGACAAUGAGAUUGAUGGCAGUCACCUACCAAACCUUCAGAAGGAAGACCUAAUAGAUCUUGGGGUGACUCGGGUCGGGCACAGGAUGAACAUAGAAAGGGCUUUGAAACAGCUGCUGGACAGAUAAGGGUGGCUGCUCUUUACCUUUACAGACUUCUUGUUAUAAGUAGAGAUGGGCUUCUACUGAAAUAUUUGUGCGGCCAAGCACGGUCUGUGAGCACCAACCCCAUUCCAUGGGUUUGUCUCCUGGUACCCAAAGAGAUGCCGAGUGUGUCCAGGUGUGGCUGAGCGAAGGCCUUGCAACUCCCCCUCUCCACGUGGGCUUCACAGGCUGUUUCUGUGCAGCAGGGGACACGGGGAGGGAGUCCUGCCACCACGGAGAGAGAGGCUCAGCUUGCCUCCCAGCAUGCAGGUGACCUCACUUUGCCAGGUCCCAGGGACGCCCCCGUCGAUUGAGUACAGGACCCUUGCUCUUGCAGGCAGACACCAGUGUACUCUAGAUACCUCCUGAGACCUCCCUCCUCUGCUUUCUGGGCAGCUCUCACCACCCCAGGCCCGCCUCAGUCUGUGGCCUCCGGGAGGGCACUCAAUGCUCACUUGCUCCUUUCUUUCCUCUACUUUGCUUGUGGUAAGACACCUCAGACCUGUUUGUCUGGUGCCCCUUCUUGGGCCCGAAAGGUAGAGAAUCUUUUUUUUCCUCUGGAUUCUUUACCCCAUCUCCUCCUGCGAUGUGCAUCCGUGGUUCUUUGGCCAUGAAGUUCUUGGCAGUGGUGGGGAGUCUGAAUGGGAUCGUGCCCAGCUUUGCUUAGCUUUCUUUCUUUCUUUCUGCAAAUCUAUUAGCAUAAUUCCAGAGUGGCCAAACAGAUGUCACAUGGAGUUAGUCAAAGCACAAAGUCACGAUUCCAAGGAGGAGGGGAGACCUGGCCAUGGGAACCAGCCAGUGUGCAGCUGCCCAGGUCCAAAGUCUCCUCCAGGGGAAAAGCAUUUAGUCAUCUGCCAGGAGUGUCUCCAGGACGGUGAGAAGGGGAUUCUCUGCCUUUCGCAAUUUUUUUUUUUAAUUGAAAGUGUUGUAUUCUGCAAAAAUCAGAGCAGGUGAGCGUCCACUUUAACACGAGGGUGGGACACAAGGUCAUUGGUGGGCAUAUGCUGCUGCCAGGGAGACAGCAUCUUCCCCGGGAGCCAGCAGGUGCCGUGACGUCAGUUCUGAACCCGGCCAAGGCUAAGCAUCUCUGCUGAGACAGCCCCUCUGCUCUCUGAGGCCAAGGAGAUGGUACUUGGGGGCUUUCCCCCUUUGUCUCCAACUGUCCGGGCACCCCCACCAGUUUAUCUUACAAGGACAACAGGUUUCUUGAGAACCCAGUGGGUAUGGCGUCUAGGCCGGACCCAGGGUUGAGAACACAAGGUGGGCCACAGGGUGAGGGUAGAGGCAGACAAACGAAGAGAGACAGGGAGGUUUCCCGGGCUGCACCAGGCCCCUCUCGCAAGGCUUUCUUGAGCCUGCCCGAUCUCCUCCUCCCUGGAGUCCCCUCCCCUGUAACAAUACCUCCAGUUUCCAAGGGAGGUUGCCACCUGCACAGGAGCCACCGGACACCCAGCCAGGCUUCCAGCACAUUCGCCCACACUUGGAAGAAAUUCGAACAGCAGGUUUUGGCUUUUCUUAUGAUUUCAGAACUAGCUUAGCCCAUCUCUAAUUAUAAAAACAUGAUUUUUUUUUCCUUUCUUUUCUUUACGCUCACAAUCAAGUGUCUGAUUAGGUCUGGAACAGCUCUAGAAUGAACACAUAAAAUUUAGCAAUUUAAAAUCUCUUUCUUUACUGCAAGUUUAAAUAGUUGUACAGAUAGUUUAUAAGCACAAUAUUUUAAGAAAAAAAAGUGGCUGGUCUACUAGGCAGCCUUUGUGCCACUUCAGUGCUAGAAAGUUAAAGAAAAAAAAAACUUUUGUGAUUUAAUAAUACUAUUUCUGUGGAAUUAUAAAAGUAUGACCUUUUUAAAUCAACCUUAUUUGGAUGCAUCUGAACCAGCAGAGCUGUGUUAUAUUUUCUAUCUUUGCUAGAACUUCGUCAUCGAAGGACAAUUAUUUCUUCAAAAGUGGUUACAAUUCACAAUGCAGCAGUUUCUCCAAAAACAAACACGCACCACACACACACAUGCGCGCACACACACAAUUUUUCCAACCACAAUGCCCCUGAAUUGGAAACUGAGUUUUGGACCUUCCUCUGUUCUGAACCCUUCCGCAGGGCAAUCUGUAUCUGAAUGCCCCGAUCUGACUUGAAAUCAAUUGAACAUGAAGGCGCUUCUGUCCCGCCCACCUUCUGUCUCUCCGUCGUGGGGUGCGCCGGGACGCUACAGGUGGCCUGCUGAGGCCACCUGCGAGUGUUCAGAAAACAUAAAGGUGGUGGUUGGGCCACUGUCUUCCAUUUGGUGAUAUUGGCAAAAUUCAGUCAGUGCACUGCUUCACCCUGGCUCUUCCCUCCUCUGUCUACUGUUGGCAUUUACCUCCAUGCUCAGUGCCAGGCGACACGCCAGAACGAGAGAGGACAGGAAGGGAAGGCGCUGCUAGGUUGCCACCUGGUGGCUUGAGGUUCACUGGACUUUGGCUGCCACUCCCUUUCUUAGAGAGACUUCGACCCAUGGGCAACUAACCAGAAGCAAGCAGACUGCAAGAAACAAAAGAGCUGGGCAGUCAUUUAUUUUUGCCUUGUCUUAUUCUAAAAAAAAAAAAAAAAUCACAGGACCCCGCAGAACCUGCACUGAGUAACCCAUGUGGCCAAGGUGAAUCCAUCUCUAGCCCUAUUCGAUGGUUUUGCUACAGAAAGCAAUAGUUCCUCACUGAAAUCGCCGCCCACUGUUCUCCCCCUGCCCCUUGGACACGUUAGGACCAGGCCCUAUUCCAUGACCUCUUCAAUGGUGGGACACAAGUCAAACUGCUCAUAUAAGAAUCAUGUUAAUACUAUUCUGGGUUUUAAGAUCAACUUUUGUUAUCUACUGUAAUUUAAAUAAAUUGCAUUUACAUGCCUAGUCUCUGUAACAUUGUGUAUACAAAACCAAAAUCUCUCAAGAUGUAAAUUAUGUAUACCUGCCAAGACACCUGCUGCUCCAGGGUGUCUGUGCACAUUUUAAGUUAAUUCAUAUAAUAUAAAAUGACUCAAUGUGACUGUUGAUUUGCUGAACUUUACAUAUCACAAAGUGGAUUAUUUGUGGUACUUUAGUUAGUAAAAUGGUGAUUUUAUUUUAUUUUUUUCUGAGUUACUGAACAAGCAAGCAUUACCCAGGUGAUCUGGCAAUGACUUUGUGUGUGUGGGCCACAAAUAUUGAUUUUUCCCAUUAACGAAUUUUUUUUGUUUUUUUUAGAAACUAAUUAUGUUUCACACUAUGGUUUGUGUAACUUGUGUUCGCAUUAUCUGUGUUGCUGUUACUUUUGUGCUUUUAUUCCUUUUAAACUUUAUUUUAAAAAAAAAAACAAAACAAAACAAAAAACAAGCUCCUGUAAUUUGCACUUCCUCCCAAUCCUUCAAUCUCUUGUAUGGCAACCAAAAUUACUGUAAGAGAAAUAAAUAUACGAUUGCACUAAG